UUCAGGAAGAUAUAAAAUUCACACACCACAAGGCAGAAAAUUAAUUUGAUUAAUUAGAAUUUAAAUCUCUAUAUGACAGAAGAUAUUAAAACAAAGUAAAAGAUUAGCCACCACUAUUGUUUGUUGAGUUAAGUGGUUUUCCACAAGGGUCCAAGGCAAUUUGUUGGGGAAAGAAUAAAUAGUCUGUUCAAAAACUGGUGCUAGUACAACUGGAUAUCUACAUGCACAAAGAUGAAACUGGACCUCUUUUUUAAACCAAACAGAAAGCUUAAAGUGGAUCACAGGUCUAAAGGUAAGAGCUAACUCUAUAAAAUUCUUAAAAGAAAACAUAGUAGUGAAUCUUUGUGACCGUGGGUUAUGCAAAGCCUUCUAGAUAGAACACCAAAAACCUAAGUGACAAAAGAAAAAAUCAGACUUGAUUUUGUGCUGCAAAUGAUAACUCAAGAAAGUAAAAAGACAGCCCAAAGAAGGGGAAAAAUAUUUACAUAUAUCAAAUAAGAGACCUGUAUCCCAAAUAUUUAAAGAACUCUUACAACUCAAUAAAUAAAUAACCAGUUAAAUAGGGAAAGGACAGGAAUAAUAGAUAUUCCCCAAAGCAGAUGUAAAAAUGGCCAACAGAUAGGUGAAAAGAUGUGCGUAUCAAUUAGCCAUCAGCAAAAUGCAAAUCAAAACCACAAUGAGCAGGGUUUGAAACAUGGCGGACGAAGUGGAUCAGCAACAAACUACCAACACUGUAGAAGAGACCCUGGAUCUUAUCAGGCUCAGCCUGGAUGAGCGAAUUUAUGUGAAAAUGAGAAAUGACAGAGAGCUUCGAGGCAGAUUACAUGCUUACGAUCAGCAUUUAAAUAUGAUAUUGGGAGAUAUGGAAGAAACUGUGACUACUAUAGAAAUUGAUGAGGAAAAAUACGAAGAGAUAUAUAAAUCAACAAAACGGGAUAUUCCAAUGCUUUUUGUCCGGGGAGAUGGUGUUGUACUAGUUGCCCCUCCAUUAAGAGUUGGCUGAAACAAAGAAUUUAUCAUGUAUGGAAUAUAGGAGCUUUCGUAUGAUUGCCUCUUUAAAUGUAGAAGACAUUCAAAAGAGAAACCUGCGUAAAUUUUGAUAUUAAGAAAUGACCAAGGAUUCUUCCACUCCUGAAAUGAGGUGAUUUGUGGAUAACUAAAAAAGUCUUGAGCUAAAGGGCAUUUUAAUUUUUUUCCAAUCCUUUCAAUAAAUGUGAUCACCAAGAUGCAGAACUCUUUUUUUCAGGAAUUGAUUUGUUCUGUUGUUUCCUCAAUUUCUGAUUUUUUUUCCUUUAAAUUAAAUUUGAUGUUUCCUUUUUUGAUAAAAAAUAAAACAAAACAAAACAAAACCCACAAUGAGCUAUCACUUCACACUCACUAGGAUGGCAAGAGCCAAAAUGACGGACAAUAACAAGUGGUGGCGAGCAUGUGGAGCAAUCAGAAUCCUCACACACUGCUGGUGAGAAUGUAAAAUGUAUAGAUGCUCCGGAAAACAGCCUGGCAGUCCUCCUCCAAAUGUUAAACAUGGAGUUAUCAUAUAACUCAACAAUUCCACAACUAGAUAUCUGCCCAAGCGAAAUGAAAACGUAUGUCCACAGAAACUGUACUCAAAUGUUCAUAGCAGUAUUCAUCAUAGCCCCAAAGUGGAUACAACUCAAAUGUCCAUCAACUGAUAAAUAAAAUGUGGUAUAUUCAUGCAGAAGAAUGUUAUUCUCGACAAAGCAGAAGGUAGUAUUGAUACAUGUUACAACAUGGAUGAACCCUGAAAACAUUAAGCUAUGUGAGACACUAGUCCCAAAAGACUACACAUUAUACGAUUUCAUUUAUAUGAAAUGUCUAGAAUAGACAGACCCACAGAGAUAGAAAGUUGACGGCAGCUGCCAGGGGCUGGUGAGGAAGAGUGGGGAGUGACCAGGGUGAUGAAAAUGUCCCACCAUUGGACUGUAAUGAUGGCUGCCUAACUUUGUGAAUAAACUAAAUGUGUAAAGUACAAAAACUAUCUGAAUAAAGCUACUUUAAAAAAUGAUAAGCCACAACACAGAAGGUAUU